UGUUGAUAAUAAGUAACUCUCGAAUGCCACGUCGAGGCCAUCUUGUUUUGUUGCUAAAUACUUAGAAACAACUGUAGGAUUCGUUAGUUACUUUUCUUUUUAUAGAUUUUAAGAAUGGGAGGAGCCGCUAGCACUGAAAUACCUGGUGGAGGUACUGAGGGCUAUCAUGUUUUGCGGGUACAAGAAGGAUCUCCUGGACAUAGGGCCGGCCUGGAGGCAUUUUUUGAUUUUAUAGUUGCUAUAGGAACUACACGUUUGAAUCAAGAUAAUGAUACUCUUAAAGAGCUCCUCAGAAACAACGUGGAGCGCCCACUGAAGGUGACGGUCUACAGCAGUAAGACACAGGAUGUCCGAGAAGUCACCCUGGUGCCAUCCCACAACUGGGGUGGGCAGGGCUUGUUGGGUGUAAGCAUUAGGUUCUGCUCUUUUGAAGGCGCUAAUGAAAAUGUGUGGCACAUACUGGAAGUACAACCUAAUUCUCCAGCUGACUUGGCAGGACUACGCUCAGACACUGACUUUGUCAUUGGGGCUGACUCUGUUUUGCAUGAGUCUGAAGAUCUAUUCACAUUGAUCGAGAACCAUGAGGGGAAAGCCUUGAAGCUCUAUGUGUAUAACACAGAGACAGAUGCAUGCAGGGAGGUCACCAUCACACCAAAUGGAGCUUGGGGAGGCAAAGGAAGUUUGGGUUGUAACAUUGGUUAUGGCUACCUACACAGAAUCCCAAAAUGCCAGUUUCCUUCCAACAAAACUAAGACUGUUACAAAUGUGGUCACUCCAACAGCUCCAUCCCUCUCACCAUCGAAGGAUGGCUUCUCUGAGGUACCACUAACUGGUUCUCCCAAUCAAACAAAUAUCAACAGUGGAUUUGCCCAGUUAUCCCUCAAUGCAGGAGCUCCUACUAUUCCCAUCAUUCCUCCACAUUACAAUCUACCAUCGACACUACCGAAUAUGCCACCAGGUCUAGCACACCCAGUCGGUAUACCUAAUUUGUCCAAUCUGCCAGGGUUGACUAAUCCUAUCUCUUUGACGGGAGUGUCGCCAACUGCGUUACCUUCAUUUACAACUGGUUCCGUUGGCCCUCUUCCUGGGCAACCAUCUGGUUUACCCCAGUUUCCAGGUUCCAUGCCUGCACCAGUACCCCUACCCAACUUUACCAUGGCUACCAGCUUGCCGGGCAUCAUUCCAGCUCAAGUCGGGGUCAACUCAUCCACAGCAGCUGCGUUCUCACCUAUCAAAAACAUUUCCUCAGUUGUAGGGGACAGCAGCCAUGGUGACCACCAUGGUCAUACCCACGAUGGGCACGGCCACUCUAAUGAUGAUCACGGCCACUCUCAUGACCACGGGCACGGCCACUCGCACGACCAUGGGCACGGCCACUCUCACGACCAUGGGCACGGCCACUCUCAUGACCAUGAGGGACACGGGCACUCUCAUUCUGUUGACCAGCAUCACUCUGUUGUACCUAAUGGUGUAUCUGAGUCACAAGCCUCCUCUUAGUUAUGAAUACAAAAGUUACUAAUAGUGUUAUUUUUUUUUUCUUAACAAUUGAUAUACCAAACGUUAAUAUGUAAGGCUAAGACAUUAUCUCCCUUGAGUUUGUCUUUGUUCCUUGCUAUUAUUCUUCAUUAUUUGAAAAGGUUUGAAAGUUGUUGUGUCUUGACUUCUAAGAUCAUAAUGCAUUAUCUAUUUCAUUGGCAUUGGACUAAAAGGGCAUACACGAAAAAGAAAAUACUACAAGACUUAGAAAUUGAGAUGUAUUGUUGAAUAGAUAAACAUCUUUCAGAACAAAAUUGUAUGUUAUCCAAUAUAAUGAAGUUAUUUUAAUAACAAUGUUACUCUAGAAAAUAUUGUUAGCUUGGUAUACUUGUGCAUUGUGCUGAGAAUGUCUGAAGCAUUCUAGUGGGAGGGUAAGACUCGGACAGCAGACGUGAGUCAAGCAUAUCAAUGUUUUUGAAAGCAGCUGGCCUCUUGAAUGACAGUGACUUUGUCCUUAGAGGGGAAUUAAGUAGAAACUGGGGGGCAUCCAUUAAAAAAAAAAUUGUUGAUUGAAAAGUUUCUGUGAAGUCAAAGCCUAGUUUUACCAAAUUCCCAGGCAUUACAAGUUUGAUAAGUUCGAUAAAAAUGGUUUGGGGUUUGCGGCUCAACAUUGCACUCUACUGGUCAUGAAUUUUGAUAAAGCUCUUAGCUCUAGAUUUGCAUGUUACCAAGAACUGCUCCCCCCCCCCCUUCAAUGUUAUUUUAAUAGGAAAUCAGGCUACUUUUAAUCUAAUUGAUUUGUAUUAAUCUCAGUCACUGGUUGAUUAAAGGUUCUUUCAGUUGUAGUAAUUUUCUUCAGAGAUAAUGUUUUUAUGUUUAAGUCCAGUAUUUGUUUAUAUAUUUGUAUUUCAUAAAAGGAAUGCUAUGAUAUUGACACUAUAGUUGUAUGUACUGUAUCAUUACAAUAGAACUUUAUUUAUAUUAGCUAAUUAAAUGACUUGUUUAUUCUAUAAUGAGUUAGAUCAAUUCUGUAUUGGGUGAGACAUUUUAAACAAAAUUUCUUUGAUUUUGUUAACUUAUUUAAAUGCCUAAUCUUAUAUUCGCUGCAGUUAAACUAAUCAUGCUUGAUAGUAAUAGUCAUGUCUUGGGGUGAUGUUGGUGGAAGUCUUACAGCUGAAACAGAUACUUCUAAACUUGUCAGUCCUACAGAGCUUAGUGGAGAAAUAGCUAUAAGCUACUCUGAUAGUGCCAAAUGAACAAACUUAGACUUAGCUUAGUGCUUGUUUACCAUUUCAACUUAUUGAGCUUGUAGCUAGAAGGCUUUUUCUUUCAUUAUGAUGAUGAUGGCUUGACAGAGUGACACAUUGAGUAGAAUGCUAUAUUCACAGGGUUGAUUGACAUUUCAUAUAUAGAGGCACAUGUCUGAGUCCUUUCUGAAGUGGGAUCAGACAGAGGUGUUUGUUGUUAGGGAAUUACAGUGAUGUGUUAGGCUUAGGGUUGAAGAACAACUGACUCUUAGGGUAAGAGGUGACUUGAUAAUUCCUGUACAAAAAUAUUUGAUAAUAAUUCUUUGUGGGUAUCAGCAGAAAAGUGUAGACACUCAUACAUUGACUAUCAACCAUUGCUUUUAAUUGAAGAAUCAAGUAGGACUAGAAUGCGCUGGCUCUUUCGGUUUUUCUACUGUGAUUUUUGUUGCAUUUUUUUUUUUUUGUUGUACUGGAAGAUAAGCCUGUACUGCUUCCUGUUUGAUUAUUCCCCUUUAGUAAUAUAUAUAAAAGUAAGUAUGCUACCAAGGGGCUGCUGGGAAUGAACCUUCUAGCAUGAUAUGCAGGGAGACUGUUCCCAUGGAUUGGCUUAAAUUAUAAUUUAUUCCUUUCAGCAUUGAUUCAUUUCAAUUUGUAUUCUAUGAUGAUCUGUUGUGUUCUUUCAAGUUCUCAUUAUUUUUGCCUAGACGUUGGAUUUGAGGAUUGAAAUGAGUGUGUUUUAUAAGGAACUAGUGCACAUUGUAUUCAGGGUCUAAACUCUCUAUUAAUUGUCCACCCCAGGAGUUAGAAAUGCACUUGUCAAAGACUACUUACUCAUAUUUUUUUAAGGUGAAGAUUGACUAUACUAUAAGCCUUCAUCAAGUUCCUAGGAAAUGAAAUAGUGCUCAUAGCUUACGUUCUAUUGUAGAACCUGUUUCAGAGUGCUGUAUUAAAGUGGGAAACAAGCCUGGUCACUGUUAACUACAAGAACAAAACGUGACUAGUGUUGUUGUUUUUUUAAUUGAAGAGAUACUUUCACUUAGAACGAAAAUUUAAGAGAUGCAUUGGUCUGUUUCAAGGAUAAUUCUUUCUAUACAAACAUGGUACUUGGGUGACAACUAGUGUGAAGGGGAAACAUUUUUCUACAUUUUUUAAAAAAUAGUUUUUAUGUAUAUUUUGCUUUUCCAAUUUUUUUUAAACAUUAAAAAUGAUGACUAAAAAAUCUUUAUUGAAUACUGAUUAACUUAUUUUCUAAAUGUACAUCAUGACCAUAUAAAAAGUAGUUUCAGGACAAUAUUGUCUUGAAUGUCUCAUGUAAUAUUAUCUAAUUAGGAUCUUAUGCAUAUGUUGUGUUUUGCAUUGAUUACAUUUCUUUGUUCUUGUUGAGAUGUUAGAUCCAACGAGCAUGUACCAUACAUGGAAAUGAAAGUAUAAUAAUCUCUCUAUUUAGUAACAUUUUUGUGGUAAUGGAACAGGUGAAAGCUUCCUAUUUUUUGAGCUGGUAUUAAUAAAGCUAGAGCUAGAACUGCUGUGUAAGGCCUUAAAUGUGACUGUUUCAUCAGGCUCAUUCUUUAAUUCUACGUUUGUUUUAAUUUUAUUUAAAAACAACAACAACUGAACCAUGUGAAUGUGACUUGUGUGUGGUGCAGACAUGAAGUGAGGCAUGUCACUCUUAAAUGUGGCACAUCUUUUUGGACAUGUGUGGCUCAGAUGUGGAUGUAACAAGGGCAAGAUGAGAGAGUGUGUGACAAGGUAUUUGAACUGUAGAUAAAUGGGAGAAAUAAACUAUUCAUUGAAACACUUGA